AGAAAAGCUAGGAAAAGCGCAGGAUUGAUCAGAUUUAGGGGAAAUCCGAGCUCUGGCGGGCUCUGCGGGGCUCCAGGCUGGGGUGGGGGUCUCGGCGAGACCCUGCACUGCCGGCAGCACCGCGGCUCUGGCGGGGGCUGUGUCGGCCGUGGGCUCCGGCCGGCGCUCCCGGUCUCUGCUCCGGUUCUCCGCGCUGCCAUGCGGCAGCCGGGGGUGCCCGGCACCCCGGGAGAGCUCGGGGACACCGCUCCGGCCGGGCGCUGGGAAGCAGGAGGGAGAGGCGAGGAAAAGCGGGAGCGGCGCAGCCUCCAGCCGCCCCCCCGCUCUGGGAAUCCGGACAGACGGACGGGCCGGCGCAGCGGCAAGGACAGGGUUAAGGGUACGUGGCGGAGCAUCCCGUUUUCCACCAUCCCCUUGGCGGUGCCCGGGGGUCCGGGCCGGGGCUCUGGCGGUGCCGGUGCCGGGGGAUCCAUGCGGGCACGGGCAGGGCGCGGUGCCGCCUGGCACGGCGCUGGAGGAGCCCGCGCCUCCAGCUGGCGCGGGGCCGACAGGAGCCAGAUUUAGUUUCCUGUGUGACUGAGAGGUUGUAAAUUGAACUAAUUUAGGAUUCGAUAGGAAAACGAAAGGAGGUCGGCGUCGGCGCGGAGAGGGGGGUGGCAGCGUCCGGGCAGUGCCUUCGGCCUCGACCGUGGGGCUCCGUCCAUCCUAGCUCUCCGCUCCUCUCCACUCCCUUCCCUCCUCUUUCUCUUCCUCCCACCUUUCGCUCUUUCUUCACCUCUUUCUUCACCUCUUCUGUCUUUCUUUCUUUCCUUUUUUUUUUUUUUUUUUUUGGAGCUGUCUAUCCCUCCCCGCUCCUCCUCUGUCCCAGCUGCUGGCAUUGCACGACGGCAACAGCUUCGCCCCGCGGUCCCGGCGGGGACAGGGGACAGGGGCGGUGGCUGCUGCUCAAGGCCACCCCUCGGUGCCAGGCGGUGGUCCCGGGGCGAUUUUCCUCCCUUGAUCUCUUGGCCACGAGCUUUCCGGGCUGCCGAGGGCCGUGCCACGCAUGUGCUGCAUGGCCAGCGCCGCUUCCUUGGGGCGUCCCGCUGCUCCCUCCGCUCCGCCGCCCACACGAGGCCCGUUCGCCCCCCGGGCCGGGCUGCUCCGCUCUCCGUGUCCCGACGCAGAGCUGCGUCCGUAUCCCCCAAUCCCACGAGCUCCCGCCCCGGUCGGAGCCUGCCUUGGCCCUGGGGACGUCUCGCUGGAAUGUCUCCCCCGCGGGGGUUCCCCCCUUCCCGCAGCGCCCAGCGCGGAGGGGACGGGGCGCCGAGCCCCCGCGGCGCCGCUGCUGGGUGCUGGGCUGGACUGGGAGGGACUGGGGCGCUGGGAUGGGCUGGCUGGCACACGUGAGCGGGCGCCAGGGAUUUGCCUCCACGCAGCAGCCCUAAUUAUCCCGCAGAGCAGGUCGGCCGGCGCGCUGGGAAGGCGCUGGCGGAGCGGCGGCCGCGGGAGCGGGUGGGCAUCCGGCCCCGGCGAGCCCGCCGGGAGGCAGGAUGGUGGCGACCCGAGCCCCCCGCGCCGCCGGCAGGGCCGAGCCGCGGGCGAGAGGCGGAGGAUCCGGGCGCUGCCCCCGCUGGCUCCCGCCGGAGCGCUCCCUGCGCUGGGGCAUCUUCUCUCUAACUCUCUUCUUUUCCUUCCUCCAAUUUUGCCCCUUCACCUUCUUCUCCUUUCUCUCCUCUCCUCUGCCCUUCCUCUCCCUAAGUUUCGAGGACUCCACCCUGUCCACAGCCACUACCCUUGAGUAUAUCCCCACCUCAGCAGGCGAUCCCAAAUUCCAGAGGCCCCGCACGCUCGUGCGCCAGCAAAGUCUGCAGCAGCCCCUGAGCCAGCACCAGCGCGCCAACCACAGCCAGCCCACCACCAGCCAGAGCCUGGGCCACCUCCAGGCCCACAGCGGCUCCCCCGCCUCCGCCGCCGCCAGCUCCCGGGGAUCCCGCGGCGGCCCGGCGCGCCAGGGCAGCGCCGCCGGCUCCAAGCAACGGAUGGCCGGGGGCAGGAGCCGCUCCAACCCCGGCAGCUGGGACCACGUGGUGGGGCAAAUCCGCAACCGCGGCUUGGACAUGAAGUCCUUCCUGGAAGGCCGGAUGGUGGUGUUAUCCCUGGUUUUGGGACUCUCAGAGCAAGAUGACUUUGCCAAUAUUCCCGACCUGCAACCCGCUGGGACGCAGCCGAACCAGGCGAACGCUCAGGGGGACAAGAGGUUGCCGGCCGGUGGGAAGGCUGGGAACGCGGCACCGGCGCCGGGGCAGCCGCCGCACGAUGAGUCCGACCGCAAGACGGAGCCGCACUCCUCCGUCUCCGACCUGGUCAACUCCCUGACCAGCGAGAUGCUGAUGCUCUCCCCAGGCUCUGAGGAUGACGAGGGCCACGAAGGUGUCAGUCGGGAGAACCUGGGCCGCAUCCAGUUCAGCGUCGGCUACAACUUCCAGGAGUCCACCCUGACCGUGAAGAUCAUGAAGGCGCAGGAGCUGCCGGCCAAGGACUUCAGCGGCACCAGCGACCCCUUCGUCAAGAUCUACCUGCUCCCGGACAAGAAGCACAAGCUGGAGACCAAGGUCAAGAGGAAGAACCUCAACCCGCACUGGAACGAGACCUUCCUCUUCGAAGGGUUCCCCUAUGAGAAGGUGGUGCAGCGGGUGCUGUACCUCCAGGUCCUGGACUACGACCGCUUCAGCCGCAACGAUCCCAUCGGAGAGGUGUCCAUCCCGCUCAACAAGGUGGACCUGACCCAGAUGCAGACCUUCUGGAAGGACCUGAAGCCCUGCAGUGAUGGCAGUGGGAGCCGCGGGGAGCUGCUGCUGUCGCUGUGCUACAAUCCCUCGGCCAAUUCCAUCGUGGUGAACAUCAUCAAGGCGCGGAACCUCAAAGCCAUGGACAUCGGGGGCACCUCAGAUCCCUACGUGAAGGUGUGGCUGAUGUACAAGGACAAGCGGGUGGAGAAGAAGAAGACGGUGGUGAUGAAGCGGUGCCUGAACCCCGUCUUCAACGAGUCCUUCGCCUUCGACAUCCCCACGGAGCGGCUGCGCGAGACCACCAUCGUCAUCACCGUCAUGGACAAGGACAGGCUGAGCCGCAACGACGUCAUCGGCAAGGUGGGUGACACUCCCGAGGGACACCGGGUGGGAAUCGGGGACAGCCGGGCCCGGGGCUGCCGGUGCCACCUCCAGUGUGGAGCGUGGUGGGGACCCUCGUGCUGGGUGUCACGGCCACAGAGUGCUGGAGUUUUCCCAGGAAAGCAGGGAUGGGCCAUGGGGAGCCACGCCGGGAUGCAUCUCACCCCCUGGGAUUGCUCCCGGGAACGGGAGCGGCGGAAUUAUCCAUGAAACCACCCAGCUCAUGGUUAGCCCAAUGAUGACAAAUGAGCGCCAUAAUCUCCACCCGUGAUCCCCAAACUGGAUCAGGAGAACGCAGCAGUUGGGAUAAAUCCAUUAAAUAAAUCCCCGGAUCAGCGCCGCGGGCUGCCGGGCAGGGGCGGAGGUGGUGGUGUCCCGGGUGUGGGCACAUCCAAGAGCCCGAUUCCAGGGAUGGACAGGCAGUGUCCGGCAUAUCCCACUCCCAGUUCAAACCCCGCCGUGGCCCGAGGCUCACUGAUCGCUUUCCAUGGCACAAUUAGCAGCGAGCUCUGCUCCACCCCGGCUCUCCGACGGUGAUCCGCGGAGCCGGAGCGGUGGCACCGGCUCCCCGAGGUGGCAGCAGCAGCAGCGAGAGCUGGUACACGCGCUU